GGACUGUGCGGUGGCACCGGGGCUGGGGGUGGUGACACCGGGGCUGGGGUGGUGACACCGGGGCUGGGUCGGUGGCACCGCGGCGGGCCCCACACGCUGCCGUGCCCCCAGACCUGUUCGGCUCGGUGGAGCCGCUGCUGCCCAGCCUGCGGGAGGACGGGGUGGCCGUGUGGGUGCUGGGCUCGGGGCCGUACCCCCCCGGCGUGGUGGCCCUGCAGGAGCUGCUGGACGCGGCCUCCGAGGAGCUGCGGCCCGAGGACGUCUGGGAGCCCGAGGACAUGAACGACACCUGCCUCUACAUCUUCACCUCGGGCACCACCGGCCUCCCCAAAGCCGCCCGCGUGUCCCACCUCAAGUCCAUCAUGUGCCUGAGCUUCUACGAGCUGGUGGGAGCCUCCAGCAGCGACGUGGUGUACCUGGCACUGCCCCUCUACCACAUGGCCGGCUCCCUGCUGGGCAUCGUCGGCUGCCUCGGCAUCGGGGCCACGUGCGUGCUGAAGGAGAAGUUCUCAGCCAGCCACUUCUGGGACGAUUGCCGCGCCGAGGGCGUCACCGUCUUCCAGUACAUCGGCGAGCUGUGCCGCUACCUGGUGAACCAGCCCCCGCGCCCCGGGGAGCGGCAGCACGGGCUGCGGCUGGCGGUGGGCAGCGGGCUGCGGCCGGACGUGUGGCGCAGCUUCCAGCGGCGCUUCGGGCCCGUGCGCGUGGUGGAGACGUACGGCAUGAGCGAGGGCAACGUCACCCUCUUCAACUACACGGGCACGCCGGGCGCCGUGGGCCGCUGCAGCUUCAUCUACAAGCUCUUCUCGCCCUUCGAGGUCGUUCGCUUCGACGUGGCGGCCGGGGCGCCAGAGCGCGACCGGGCCGGGCGCUGCAUCCGCGCCCGCGCGGGCGAGACGGGGCUGCUGAUCGCGCCGGUGACGCGGCGGACGCCGUUCCUGGGCUACGCCGGCAGCCCGGAGCUGUCGGAGCAGAAGCUGCUCCGCGGGGUCUUCGCCGAGGGCGACGCCUUCUUCAACACCGGGGACCUGGUGGAGCAGGACGAGCAGCAGUUCGUGCGCUUCCGCGACCGCACCGGGGACACCUUCCGGUGGAAAGGCGAGAACGUGGCCACCACCGAGGUGGCCGAGGCGCUGCUGGCCCACGAGUCCCUGCAGGAGGCCACCGUGUACGGCGUCCCCGUGCCAGGUACGGCCGGCCCCGCGCCCCCCGAGCCCCCCCCGGCCCGCGGUGUCCCCAAGUGUCCCCUCGCCCGCAGGGGAAGCGGGGAAGGCGCCCUUGCCAAAGUCUCUGGAAAAGGGAGAAAAAAGCUUUAA